AUACAGCCCGACCCGCGAGCCCAACUAAGUAAACCCCAUCAAAUGUAACCAAACAAAUCCUAUCGUCCUCACCUCGAAACCCUAGCUCCAGUCCCGCUCAACUCGAUCACAGCCGACUCAACCCGCUCGAGCAACUGUUCCUCGAGAAUCGGCGAACAUGGCGGAUGUGGAAGCAGAUGUUGCCGUCCCGGGGCAACCGAAGAAGAGGACGUUCAAGAAGUUCAGCUUCAGGGGCGUCGACUUGGAUGCUCUUCUCGACAUGUCCACUGACGAGCUCGUCAAGCUCUUCACUGCCCGAGCUCGCAGAAGGUUUCAGAGGGGUUUGAAGAGGAAGCCGAUGGCUUUGAUCAAGAAGCUGAGGAAGGCUAAAAGGGAGGCCCCUCCUGGUGAGAAGCCAGAGCCGGUGAGAACCCACCUGAGGAACAUGAUCAUCGUUCCUGAAAUGAUUGGAAGCAUCAUUGGAGUUUACAAUGGCAAGACCUUCAAUCAGGUGGAGAUCAAGCCGGAAAUGAUCGGUCACUAUCUCGCUGAAUUCUCCAUCUCCUACAAGCCUGUCAAGCAUGGAAGACCUGGUAUUGGUGCCACCCACUCAUCUCGGUUCAUCCCGCUCAAGUGAAUCAUGAUAAUUUUAGCUUCAUUUUGUUAGUCUGUUCUGUCGUUACUGAUCAGUCCUGCCGAACAUGGGAUUCUGGAGUGGGUUAUUAUCGAGUGUCAUAUGCUUUGUAGCUCGAAAAGAGGACGGUUGCAGCGCGUGGUUUUUUCUUUAGUACGAAUCAUUUUGCCAAUGUUGUGUAUGUUUCUUGUUCUCCCGUUUUCUCUUUCCCAAUGCAAUUUCAAUAAAUUUCCAUGUAUUACGAUGAA